CACUUCAGAUGAGGUAAGGCGAGCCCGCUAAUACCUAACCAUCCAGUCAGUCAUCGUUGGUCACUCCACCUGAACGCUGAUUCAGCUGGAGGCUGUCAUCGGUCAGUGCCGAGGCUCCCGAAUUCAAAUAUUGGAAAAUACCGACGGAUAACGAAACUUGCAAGUUUUAGAAAAUGUUCUCCAAAUUGUGGCUACUGUUUAUAAUAUUGCCACUAAACCGGGUGGUACGCGGUCAAAGUGAUCUGUUUGAGUUGUCAAUCGUUCACAUAAACGACUUCCAUGCGCGUUUCGAAGAAGUGAAUACGGCUAGUGUGACCUGCACUCCGGGUAAAGAUGAAGUUUGCGUGGGUGGGUAUGCCCGCACGGUGACGGUGCUGAAGAAAUUACUUGCCGAAAGAACCAAUCCCAUUUACUUGAAUGCGGGAGAUAACUUCCAAGGUACCUUGUGGUAUAACAUUCACCGAUGGAAUGUUACGGUGGAGUUUUUGAAUAUGGUGCCGGCCGAUGCCAUGACGAUCGGCAAUCAUGAGUUCGAUCAUGGUGUGGAAGGGGUGGUUCCCUUUUUGGAGCAAAUCAAUUCAACGGUCCUGUUGGUCAACGUGGAUAACAGUGAAGAACCAGAAUUUAAUAAAUUCCAAAAGUCGAUGAUCAUCGAAAGGAGUGGGCGCAAAAUUGGGCUCAUUGGAGUCAUUCUUCAAACAACGUACGACAUUGCCAGUACGGGAAAUUUGAUCUUCGCUGAUGAGUCUGAAACCGUAAGGAAUGAAGCCGAACUGUUGAAGCAGCAGGGUGUGGAUAUAAUUGUGGUGAUUUCGCAUUGUGGAUUGGACGUGGAUAAAGUGAUUGCUGCAAAUGCUGGGCCCGAAAUUGACAUCAUCGUUGGCGGCCAUUCGCAUACGUUUUUGUACACUGGAGACCAUCCGACUAUUCCGGGCACGGCGCAGGGUGAAUACCCGACGGUCGUUACACAGCAAGAUGGACACCAAGUGUUGAUCGUGCAAGCGGCAGCAUACACUAAAUUUGUGGGUGACAUUGUAUUGUUCUUUGAUGAAGCAGGAAUCAUUCAACGUUGGGAGGGUAAUCCAGUUUAUUUGGGAGCUGAAGUGGAGCAAGACCCAGCCGUCGUUGAAGCCAUGAUCCCGUGGAAGGUUGCCGUCGAUGAGCUCGGUGUACGCCAAGUCGGAUCCACCGUUGUGGAUCUUCUUAAAUCGACCUGCAACUACGCUGAGUGCAACCUUGGUAGCCUGAUCGCCGACUCGAUGGUUUCGGCCUUCAUUUCGUCAGCGGAUCCGGGCCAUUGGGCGUACAGUGCCAUCGCUAUGAUCGCUGUCGGUGGAAUUCGCGUUAGCAUGUUCAAAGGAGCUAUCAACUAUGCGAACGUGAUUGAGGUGCUACCAUUCGAGAACAAUCUGGUUUGCAUUGAGCUACGAGGAGAUUAUCUGCUGGGAGUUUUGGAGUACUCGGUUGAAAAAUCCUAUGACGAUGACAAAUUCAACGGGGCCAAUAUGGUGCAGAUAUCGGGUCUCAAAGUGGUGUACAACGUUACGAAUCCGAUUGGGGAACGGGUUCUGUCAGUGGAUGUUCUCUGUUACGAUUGUAUGGUACCGUCCUAUAGCCCACUAAACCCCUUCAAGUACUACCGAGUGAUAACGAACUCGUUUUUGGUGGGGGGUGGCGACGGAUUCACCAUACUCACUGAGCGUGGACGCAACAAGCGCGUCGGGCCGAUUGAUAAUGUAGCGUUCGAAAGUUAUCUCAAACAACGGUCACCCGUGAUGCAAGGAGUUGACGGCAGGAUUAAAGUUUACACGUAGUCACGACUAUAGUGAGCUGCUUGCUGGUGACCGAUCGGCGACGUCGAAGCGGAAAUCGUAAACAAUCGAAUUUAAGUGAUAAUAGCUUGUAUGUAUCGGGAAUUACCGUAAUAAACGGAGGGAACUUUUAUCUUGAGUGACAAUGAA